GUUGACCGAAACCCUCCAAUACAUCACCAAAAAAUUUUGAAAUAUGACUUUAUCAGCUCAUUGUAGUGCAAAAAAACAGUGAUGCGUAGAUGAUGGGUAGCGAUUGUUCCAAACGAUCAAGUCAAAAGAAUAUUUCUCAAAGAGAAUUUAUGUCGCCCAACAUGGCUCCAAGGAGUUACGGGGGUUUGAACGAUGGUGAUAUUCGAGUGCAAUCUGUUGUACGCGAUGACUUUAUGGCAACGAAUGUUAUCAAAAUGGAGUUGGAAGAAAAUGUGCAAGCGUUUUUGUUGAAUAACAUUAUUAUGGGAGUGCAUUUUUUUCCUGAUCACAAAGAAGUAAUCAACAGACUCCAACAUGUCCCAUCGACACCAGAAGAAAAAGAAAUGAGCAAAACGUUAUUGAAGGAUGAAACGAUGGAAUGCACAUACCCAGACGCAAUUUUGGAAGAAGUAAAUAAAAAUAUCAUCUUCAGAACCAUGGACGAGUAUAGCAAAUCUGAAAGUCUUCUAUCCAAGCGAAUAUAUGUAAUAAAUGAUCUGAUCGAAGUAGUUAGCUCCAAUGAAAUACCUCAGUAUUUGUCCAUAGAUAAGCCUUGCUAUCAAGUUAAAAUUGAACCAUCUUCUAAAAAAGGAUAUGUGAAAAUGACCCAAGUGGAGAACAACUCCGCUAUCCUCCAAGCUCGAGAAUACGAUGAAAAUUACGAGCCAACACCAGGACCAUCAACAAGGUCUGAUUCAGACUACGACUACUCAACCAUCACUGACCUAAGAACCCCCAAACCCAUUGAAGUAGACACAAACACUGAAAGAAGAGACACUUUACCAGAAUCUUGUUUCACUCAUAAAAAAAUCAAACAAUUUCCCAUGAAAUCUUUGGGAGACGAAGACGAUGACGACGAAAUGAAUUUAGAUUAUCUAGCAAAUUUGAACGAAGAAGAUUUCUUCAGAGUUAUUGUUUACAUAAAUUCAUAUGGGUUUAUGAAUUAUUUUCAAAAUGUUUUAUUCUCAACGUCUCUGGGAAAAUCGCUUGGGUUUAAUGAAGAUGCUAUUUGUACUGCCAAAGCUAUACCUGGAAAAAUUUUCUGUGAUGAUUUGGACAUUGAAACCAAUGUUUAUAAAUCUUUUGAGAUAAUUCCUGCUGUAAGUAUCCCUUGGCCUGACGACCAAACAAUCGAAUUCGUCUACAGAGAAGACAGACCAACAAUUUUCGAUACCCGAACCGGUACCAAAUACCAAUGGCCCACGACAGGUCCAGCGAGCAUGAUCGAAGAUAUUCGUAACAUGACGGCAGUGCUGGUACCCAAAGGGUACGCAAAAAAGAAGGGAUUCAAUAAAAAUUCAAAUUUAGAAUGGGAAAUAAACUUUCCAAAAGCCGAACGAUACCUUGAGGCGCGCAUGUCGCAUGCCCAAAUGAAAUGCAUGCUAAUACUUUUUACCUUGCUCAGAACGUAUAUAACGCCGGUCACUAAGCAAAAUGGGCUUUUGCCAGAACACAUUAGGUCACACAUGUAUUGGGAAUGCGAAACUGACUAUAGAAAUUGGCCAGAGCAUAGACUAGGAACAAAAAUUUUGAGGGUGAUUAAGGAUUUGCAAAUGAGACUUUUUGAAGGUUCCCUACCGGACUUUUUCAUCAAAGAUAGAGACCUGUUCGAAAAUAUCCCAAAAAAGUAUCUCAAUUAUGCUCAAAAAAUAUUGCUUCAAAUCUUAAGCAACCCUGUUCCCUUUUUCAUCAAGGCGUUGAAAAAUGUACGAUACACUAGUGGAAAGUUCUAUCCGCCUUUAGAUUUUAAAGAACUUUAUGAUGGUAUCAGGAGCAAAAGCGGUGCAGUUUUAGUAAAUCCUAAUUUGGGAAUGCAAUCUUUACCACAAUUGAAAAAAAGGUUGUAUAGAGAUCCAGAGCAACAAAUGAAACAUAUAAAAUAUUUAAAGAAAAAAGAGCAAAUAAUAAGAGAUCGCAUAAAGCAAAAAGAGGAAGAGGAGAAAUCCAAAGAAAUUAACGUAUUUGAGAUUAACGAUGAUAAUGACAUCGAUUUAGAGGAGUCAAUCGACAAAGAGCUGGACAUAUGGAAAACAAAGGCCAUUAUUGUGAUAUUCAUUAAACAUUUCAUUGAAAUUGCCAGAAAAAGUUCGAUCCUUUCUACAGCCGAACAAGCUCUCUUUUAUCUUAAACAGGCGUCUUACUUAGCUAAGAUUUUAGAAGAUACUGCUGCCGCUUUUGUAGAAGAAAUGGGCGAAUAUCGACAAAUUAUUGCUGCGGAAGAGGCUAGAGUUAAAAUGAAGUCCGUAAGAACGUAUAGUUCAACUGAAGAAAAACCUCCAACCCCCGUAAGAAAUUCCAUAUCAUUCCAAUACAACGAAAUUAAUCAGCAAUUGAAAUCUGGUUCCAUUAAAUUAAACAACCUACAAGCUUCAUACGUGAAUGGCAUGCAACCAGUGCAACCAGUUCCACCAGCAAUGAGGAAUUUGAAGCCUGCGCAAAGGAGUGAGAGUUAUAAACAAAAUGGGCAGAAUGCUAAGAGAAAAAAUGUAGCAUUUGCAGAAUAAAUUAUCUAGAAUAAGUUUUGUAUGCAAAAUUUAGGUAUGGAGAGCAGAGAGAACAUGUAUUUAUUUGAGACUUAAUAGAUAAUCCCUUAAAUGAAUCUUUUGCCAAUAUGUACAAGAAAAUAUAAAUGAAUUGGCUGUAGGUAUGUAUAGGCUUAUUGAAUUUAAAUUAUUGUUAAAUUAUUUAUCAUAUUAUUACUAAAAGAUUAAUAAAUCUAUUUUUAAAUAAAAUAUCUAUUUCGUAACAUCGUUAAAAACCUAUUUAU